CAUCAUCGUACAUUUCGAAAUGCUAACGGAUGGGCCAAUAAAUUUUCAUUAAAUUAAUACCCUCGAUAACAGUAUCGUACCACGCUUCGUCGAACUUUAACGAAAAUAAAACUAAAACAGGGGUCGAAUUGGCGAAAUCCACGAAGUACAAUUUUUCAUAAUAAAAAAUAGUUAAUAAGUGUUUGCCUACUGACUGUGUGGGAAAACAGUGCUUUCACAGAGCAAAACAGAGACAGUAUUUCGUUUUAACGGUGUACAAACCCUACUUUCUCAAUCAAAUGACAUGAAAUCAGCUGAAUUUUGAAAUAGAACGGAGAGAACGCCAUGUCAAGGCUUCCUGCGGCUUCAAAAUUACCACUCAAUGAUAAAUACGUCUGAAAGCUGAUGAAAAUUCUGGCGAAAUCACUUUCAAAUGAGCAUGUUUCCACUUCUCCUUUGGUUGGAAAGAUUGCUCCAAUUAGCUGGUGGGAGAUGAGAUUGGGAAGGGAGCCUAUGGCAAGGUUUACAAGGGUUUGGACCUGGAAAAUGGCGAUUUUGUUGCCAUUAAGCAAGUUUCCCUUGAAAACAUUCCACAAGACGAACUCAACAACAUCAUGCAAGAGAUUGACCUCUUAAAGAACCUGAACCAUAAGAAUAUUGUCAAGUAUCAAGGCUCCUUCAAGGCUAACACAUACUUGUACAUUAUUCUUGAGUAUGUCGAAAGUGGAUCACUUGCGAACAUGGUCAAGCCCAAUAAAUUUGGAGCUUUUCCAGAAUCUCUUGUGGCAGUCUACAUUUCACAGGUGUUAGAAGGAUUGGUAUAUCUUCACGAGCAAGGUGUUAUCCAUAGAGAUAUCAAGGGUGCAAACAUAUUGACAACAAAACAGGGUUUGGUCAAGCUUGCUGACUUUGGAGUUGCUACAAAACUGUCUGAGGCAGAUCAUAAUACACAUUCUGUAGUGGGAACACCAUAUUGGAUGGCUCCGGAGGUGAUUGAGAUGUCUGGUGUCUGUGCUGCAUCUGAUAUUUGGAGCGUAGGUUGCACAGUUAUAGAGCUACUGACAUGUGUCCCUCCAUAUUAUGAUCUUCAACCUAUGCCAGCUCUCUUCAGGAUAGUGCAGGAUGAGCAUCCUCCUAUACCUGAGCAUUUGUCCCCUGAUAUUACAGAUUUUCUGCACCAAUGCUUCAGGAAGGAUGCUAAAUUAAGACCAGAUGCAAAUACUCUCCUGAAACACUCAUGGAUUCAGAAUUCAAGAAGCUCUUUUCAGUCUUCCCUCCAGAGAACAGGUGGACAGAUAAGGGGCAUCCCAGAGGAUGUAUCUACCACUGUAGAAAGGACAAUUGAAGAGGGAGAAAAGGAAAAAAUAAAUGGAGAGGAAUUUGAAAGGGACCACUUUGAGCUAAGAUUUACAAAUGAUCCAGAAGUGUGUUCACCAACAAGAGUUGCUGGCUAUAUUGAAACAGUCAACAAUGAGAGCAGUCACUUAGGAUCCAAUCGCACUUCUUUUGAGAUUGUUAAUCCUGCAUUAAACAUCGAAGAAAAUAAGAAAGAUCAAACUUCUGUACAAGGAGAAACAUUGGCUGCUGAUGGUAUAGGAGGCCCUGGUGAAGAACCAUUAGAACAUCUUGCAGAACCUUUCAAGCCAGCUACUUCAUCGAAUGCUUGCAAUAAUGAAAUGAGGUUUAAUACAGAUAACAAUAGCAAUGAAGGCUGUAUGAUCAAGCCACAAGAGAAUGGACAAGUUUUCUCAGUUAGUGGGAGGGUGGAAACAGCUCCGAAUUAUGAGAAAGGGAGAAUCCCAAAUGAAAGAGACACCGUCAGUCAAAAUCAAAAUUCCAUGGAACAUAAAUCUCAAAUCAUUAAAUCAAAUGACUCACCACAUUCUUCACAGGCUUGGAAAAAAUUGGCAUCACCUCCGGUCCAAGAACUGAGUAAGUACCAUGAUACACCUGCAGAUGGUACCUUGGAAGAGGUGUUUGAGGAGCCUCCAGAUACGUAUCAGAGCUCAGAGGUUGAAGAUACAUUCACUUCAACUGUUGCAUCAGAUUCACAUGAUAAUCUGGGUAUCUCAAAUGUGGAUGUAAGUGGAAGAAACAAGUUGUCAACAAAACAAAAGAGAAUGGAUAGCAAAACAGGCAAAAAAAAUGGAAGUGAUUUGUUUUCUUUGAUGAUUAACAUUGUCGAAGAAGACAACACUGGGGAUGGUGGGCUACAAUUUGAAGAGACAGUGCCCAGGAGAGACAUUUUCCCUAAACAGGCUAUAGAGGUCAGCAAACUGGUUAGUAUGCUGAAGCCAAUGGAGUCAGAAGAGAAGAUUGUACUAGCAUGCCAGAAGCUUCUUGCAAUAUUUCAAGAUUACCCUGACCAGAAAUCUAUUUUUGUGAGACAACAUGGGGUAAUGCCUCUAAUGGAAAUGUUUGAACUAAAAAACAAUCUUGUUACAUAUCCAGUGCUGCAGGUUGUGAACAUGCUUAUAAGAGAUAAUUCCCCAUUACAAGUGAAUGCAUGCCUCAUUGGUUUUAUUCCAGUUAUUAUGAAUCUUGCAGGACCUGGUCACUCAAAAGAAAUGCGUAUGCAAGCAGCUUAUUCUGUACAACAACUGUGUCUAACAAGUUCUUUGACACUUCAAAUGUUUAUUGCAUGCAACGGUCUGCCAGUAUUGGUGGGAUUCUUAGAGCAUGAUUUUACAAAAUACAGGGAUAUUGUAUAUUUGGCAAUUGAUUGCAUUUGGCAGGUUUUUAAGCUACAUAGUUCUACUCCUGUAAAUGAAUUCUGUCAGAUAUUUGCUAAGAAUGGUGUCUUAUUCAGAUUGGUCAAUACGCUUCAUAGCUUGAAUGAAGCGAGUCGGCUUGAUUCUGUAGCUGGAAGUGGCUUAGCUGUUAGUAUGACAGGUAAAGCUAAGCAGGGAGCAUACUCAGAUCUUAUUGAGUCUUCCCUCCCUUCAUUUGGGCAUACUAAAAUCAACCGUCCACAAUCUAGCCAGCUUAAUCCUUCAAAAGUUCAGUCUGGCCAAACUAAUCUUCAGUUUGAGUCAUCAGAAGCUGAAGCAUCUUCAAUGAAAUCAAAUUUACAACUGCAGAAGUCCUCCGCAAGCCAAGAAGAUGCCCACUAUAGUCUUGGGCAAACUGGGAAGAUACAUUCUCUUGCGGGAAAAUCUGAACCUGUUAUGCUUUCUAAUUCAUCAGAGCCUGCAUCUUCUCAAAGCAUAGAUAACUCCAUGGGGAAUAAAGAACAGUCUGUACUCAUGCCAAAGGAGCAAAAACAGUUCAAUUUUGAGCAUCAUGAAUCUAAUGAUCAAAAUGCAAAGCAAUUAACACAAUUUCAUUCUCAUGCUCCAAGUGGAGUAGAUAAUACUUUAAACUUGCCAUUCAAUCAGAAUGGGCAAGCGCAACCUCUCUUAGCAGCAUUGGAAAAGGAACCACCCAAUAGGCCUAUAACUGGUCCAUUUGAGUAUAUUCGUUAUCUUUCUGGGGGACUGGAGAGACCUGAAAAUAGCAUACCCCUGCCACAUCAUUCUAACAGUGGAAGAAAGACAAAUGGAAAAUCAGACUUGCUAAUGGAAUCAUCUGCAGAUGAUGGUAAACAAAGAGAGGCCAUUGAAUUCAACUCAAAAUCAUUACCAAAGGCAGUUGCUUCUACAUCUGGACUUAUUUCACAGUCAGCAUCAGGAUUACUCUCUGGAUCUGGAAUUUUAAAUGCAAUACCUGGGAGUGUAACAUCCUCAGGUUCACUUUCACAGAUGUCUUUGAGUACUGACAGGACCAGAGAAUACCUGGGGAAGGUUGCUGGUCUUUUGCUUGAAUUUUCACAAGCAGGUACAGUAGUUAAAUCAUUUAUGAGUAACAUAAGCCUAUUGGUUCGUCUUUUCCAGAUGCUUAACAAGCUUGAGCCUUCUAUUCUAGUCAAGAUAUUGAAAUGCAUUAAUAAGCUAUCAACUGAUCCAAAUUCUUUAGAACAUCUACAGCAUGCAGAUGCGAUGAAUCAUCUUAUUCCUUUCCUUGAGCAGCAUGAUGGGUCACUUGUUUCUCAAAUUCAUGUUGAGGUACUCAACACAUUAUACAACCUGUGCAAGAUAAACAAGAGGAGACAGGAGCAAGCAGCCGAAAAUGGUAUAAUUCCACAUCUGAUGCAUUUUAUUAUUACAGAUUGUCCUUUAAAGCAGGUUGCCUUGCCUUUGCUCUGCGACAUGGCUCAUGCAUCUCGCUCAGCGAGGGAGAAACUAAGGGUUCAUGAUGCACUGAGUGUCUAUUUAAGCUUGUUGGAUGAUGAGGCAUGGGCAGUUCCAGCUUUUGAUUCUCUCACAGUGUGCCUAGCAUAUGACAAUGAACAUCGAAAGGUGGAACAAGCAUUCCUCAAGAGAGAAGCAGUGCAGAAGCUGGUCAGUUUCUUUCAGCGCUGCAGUGAACAAUCCUUUGUACAUAUUCUGGAGCCAUUUCUUAAGAUUAUCAUAAAGUCUACUCAUAUAAAUACAGAACUAGCCACUAAUGGAUUGACACCAUUGUUGAUAGCCAGACUCGAUCAUCAGGAUGCCAUAGUUCGCCUCAAUUUACUCAAGCUGAUAAAGGCCAUCUACGAGCAUCAUCCUCGGCCUAAACAAUUGAUUCUUGAAAAUGACUUACCACUUAAGCUACAAAAGCUAAUUGCAGAACGCAAGGAAGGAGAACAUUCAGGAGGUCAAGUGUUAGUGAAGCAAAUGGCAACUUCCCUUCUUAAAGCUCUUCACAUUAAUACUGUUCUGUAAUACGAUUUCUUGUCCCCGUGUCUUACAAAUGUGAAGAACAUGGAGGUGAUCAAGUGCCAAGAGAAAUAGUAAUUUUUUUCGUCUUAAACCUCUUAACAUUGUAAUAUAAUCAUUCCUUUCUUGUUUUAAAUCAAUUGAGAUCUAAUCUCAUAAAGACCGCGCAGGAGUUGUGAUUUGUAAUAUUUGUAAUGCAAUAAGCUAUUUUUUAAAUGGAAGUGGUGGUUUUCUAGUCUA